AUGGAUGUUCUGUCUGCCUCCACUGGGGUGCCCAAGUUGCUGCAGAACCUAAUGACCAAGAACACCAUUUCCUAUGGUGGCUGCAUAGCUCAGAUCUAUUUCCUAAGUUGUUGUUUGGAGGCAGAGCUCUUGCUUUUCACAGCCAAGCCUAUGAUUGGCAGCUUGCUACCUCCUAGCAUCUGCAGUGUGGGCUAUCAGUGGGACCAAUGCAACAAUAAACUGUUCAUUAGGACUGUUCACUUGUCUUUCUGUGGACCCAACGUCAUUGAUCAUUUCUUUUGUGAGAUUACUCCACUAUUGCCUCUCUCCCGCUCCUCAGCUUAUGUCAACAAUGUAAUGGUAAUUAUGGCAGACAUGCUCUGUGCUGUUUUCAAUUUUUUGCUAAUUCUGGUGUCCUAUGGUUUCAUCAUCUCCAGCAUCUUGAAGAUCCGGACUAAGGAAGGGAAGAAGAGAGCAUUUUCCACUUGUUCCUCCCACCUUAUUGUGAUCGCAAUGUAUUGUUGCCCUGUAAUUUAUACCUACAUUGUUCCUGCUUUGGGUCAGAAUCUGAAGGAAGGCAAAGAAGCCUCAGUCUUUUAUACUAUAGCUACCCCAGCUUUGAACCCUCUGAUCUACUCCCUGAGAAACAAGGAUGUGAAAAUUGCCCUCAAGACAUUAUGUACAUUCUUAGGAAAUAAUUGGCCAUUCGGAAGACUGAUAGAGCUCAGAACAAUGGUAUUAUGA